AUGUCAGGCCUGCUCUCAGUCGCCCUCCACCUCCUCCUCUUUCAGUUGGCUGCUCCGGUGACCUUUUACCACCACCACUAUGACGACCUCAUGCGGACGUUGUACAAGGUGCAUAACGAAUGCCCCUAUAUCACUCGGGUUUACAGCAUCGGCCGCAGUGUGAAGGGGAGACACCUCUAUGUCCUGGAAUUCAGCGACUACCCUGGAAUCCAUGAGCCCUUGGAACCGGAAGUCAAGUAUGUCGGAAACAUGCAUGGUAACGAAGUGCUAGGCCGUGAGUUGCUUCUGCAGCUGUCGGAGUUUCUGUGUGAGGAGUUUCGGAACGGGAACCAGCGCAUCGUCCGGCUCAUCGAGAGCACGCGCAUUCACAUCCUGCCAUCCAUGAACCCAGAUGGCUACGAGGUGGCUGCCACCCAGGGCCCAGAGAAUUCUGGGUAUCUAGUUGGCAGGAACAACGCAAAUGGAGUGGACCUCAACCGCAACUUUCCUGAUCUCAACACCUACUUUUACUAUAAUGAGAAGAAUGGAGGCCCCAACCACCACCUGCCUCUUCCAGACAACUGGAAAAGUCAGGUAGGAGAUGAGAUUUGCAUAGAGAAGAACAGUGUAUCUGCAUCUAGAAUUUCUUCUCACAAUCUUCAUACCAACUAAAUAACCAACUAUUCAACACCAACUCAACUCUAUGCUAAUCUACUCAGUGCAACAAUAACUGUGCAUUUACCUACCUCUUUGUUGUUUCAAAGGCUGGCCAAGGUCUACUCCUAUGCACAUGGAUGGAUGUUCCGGGGUUGGAACUGCGGGGAUUACUUCCCAGAUGGCAUCACCAAUGGGGCUUCCUGGUAUUCACUCAGCAAGGGAAUGCAAGACUUUAAUUAUCUCCAUACCAACUGCUUUGAGAUCACCCUGGAAUUGAGCUGCAAUAAGUUCCCCCCGCAGGAAGAGUUGCAGCGUGAAUGGCUAGGAAAUCGAGAGGCUCUGAUCCAAUUCUUGGAACAGGUUCACCAGGGCAUCAAGGGAAUGGUGCUUGAUGAGAAUUACAACAACCUAGCAGGGGCGGUCAUUUCCAUCAGUGGGAUUAACCAUGAUGUCACUUCCGGUGAUCAUGGUGAUUACUUUCGGCUGCUGCUUCCAGGUACCUACACUGUCACUGCUACAGCACCUGGGUUUGACCCAGAGACCGUGAGUGUGACCGUGGGCCCUGCAGAACCUAAAGUGGUUGACUUCCAUCUCAAGAGAAGCAUCUCUCAGGCAACCCCUACAAGGAGAGUUCCCAGCAAGGGGCCUGGGGGCAGAGUUUUACCCAAGAAAGUGCAGCCCCGGGCCACAAGAAAAAAAGAAGUGGAGAAGAAGCACUCCCAGCAAAUCCCUACCUGA